GGAGUGUCUGUCUGACUGGCUCUCUCAAGCAGAAGCAGCUGCAGCACGGCUUUUGGCUUGACUUGUCCGUCCCCUCUCCAAUCACAAUAAUCCUGUACGCACAUCCAUCUCAGCACCACACGUUUAUCCACCUCGCUCUCAAUCAUUUGUGUCAUCUCAUCCUGUUACUAUAAGCAGCGUAAACCACUGGGCUAAGCCAACCAUCCAGGUCGUCAUCCAUGGCGUCCACCUCCACCAACCGCGGCUCGCCGCCACGCGUGCUCCUCCUCCUCCUGCUCGCCGCCGUGUUCCUCCACGGCUGCUCGUCGGCGACGGCCGCCCACGGACGCGCCGGCGGCGGCAGCACGAUGAUGGUAGAGCGGUUCCAGCGGUGGAAGGCGGAGUACAACAGGUCCUACGCCACGGCCGCGGAGGAGCGGCGCCGGUUCCGGGUGUUCGCGCGCAACUUGGCCUACAUCGAGGCCACCAACGCCGAGGCGGAGGCGGCGGGGCUCACCUACGAGCUCGGCGAGACCGCCUUCACCGACCUCACCAACGAGGAGUUCACGGCCAUGUACACGGCGGCGGCGCCGCUGCCGCCCGCGGACGACGAGGAUGUCGCGGCGGUGAUCACCACGCGCGCGGGGCCGGUCGACGCCGGCGGCGUCAGGGGCGCCGCGGCGGGGCAGCAGCUGACGGCGUACGUGAACCUGUCCGCCGGCGCGCCGGCGAGCGUGGACUGGCGCGCCAGCGGCGCCGUGACGCCGGUCAAGAACCAAGGCCGAUGUGGGUCGUGCUGGGCCUUCUCGACGGUGGCGACGGUGGAAGGCAUCUACCAGAUCCGGACGGGGAAGCUGGUGUCCCUGUCGGAGCAGGAGCUGGUGGACUGCGACACGCUGGACCACGGCUGCGACGGCGGGAUCAGCUACCGCGCGCUGCGGUGGAUCGCCGACAACGGCGGCAUCACCACGGAGGCCGACUACCCGUACACGGCGGCGACGGGCGUCUGCGACACGGCCAAGCUCUCCCACAACGCGGUCAGCAUCGCGGGGCUCCGGCGGGUCGCCACCCGGAGCGAGGCGUCGCUGGCGAACGCCGUGGCGGCGCAGCCCGUGGCCGUGUCCAUCGAGGCCGGCGGGGUCAACUUCCAGCACUACAGGAAGGGCGUGUACAACGGGCCGUGCGGGACCAAGCUGAACCACGGCGUCACCGUCGUCGGGUACGGCCAGGAGCCCGGCGGCGGGGAGAGGUACUGGAUCGUCAAGAACUCGUGGGGUGAGCGGUGGGGCGACGGCGGGUACAUCAGGAUGAGGAAGGACGUCGACGGCAAGCCGGAGGGGCUCUGCGGCAUCGCCAUCCGCCCGUCCUACCCGCUGAUGUGACACGAUGUACAUCUUCCUUUCAUUUUAGUCAAAACUUAUGAUCGAGCCAAAAAAAAUUCUUUUUCUUGCUAUUACGUGUACCAGUAGUACUCUUUUUUAAAAAAUAAUUAGUAAUAAUUUGCAGGAACUCGUACGUGUAAGCCUUGAACUUAUGUGCGUGAAAACGAUUUGCAAAUGAAGGUAGGCAUUGUGUCA